AUGGAUGUUCCGAUCAGGUCUGGAACAAAUAUUGUUAUUUUUGCCUUUGGUCUUGUUGAUCCCGAUAUCUGUCGAUUUGAUGGUGACAUUUCCUAUCAUGAUAAUCGACGUGGUUCACAGAUGAUUCCACUUCGAUUCUAUGCAAAUCCACCUAUCGACGAGAAAUUUGCCGGACUUGACUCUUUCGAAUUUCGUAUGAACAAUUAUCGAGUUCCAUCGAAUGAAACGACCUAUUAUUGUAAAGUUUUCAAAAUACCAAUCGAUUAUCCAACUAAAAAGCAUGCAAUUGCAUACAAAGUGCUGAUCAAUCCUGAUAAUCGUGAUCUUGUGCAUCAUUUUACUCUCAGCGAAUGUGAUCCUUCGACUACAUUCAAUGAUGCUAAUCUGCCUGAAGGAGUGUGUGAUGACGUAGUUCAAUCAGUCAAAAUGUGCACGAUGGACACUGUUGUUGGAUGGGCGACUGGUGGUCAAGAUAUAGUGGAAUAUCCAGAAGAAGCUGGCUAUGCGAUUGGUGGCGAAUUGGCCAUAAAAUAUUACAUGAUUGAAAUGCACUAUGAUAAUCCAAAUUUAGCUUCAAAUCGUAUUGACAGUUCAGGAAUUCAAUUUUAUAUUGGCAAACAACUCCGUCCAUAUGAUCUUGGCCGUAUUAUAUUCGGCACAUUAUCGACUCCAUUCGAUCUUGCCAUUCCUCCGCAAGUCAAUCGAUUUAUUGUCGAUUGCUAUUGUCCUCCGAGUGUCACUCAGAAUUUUCCCGAAUCUGGUAUUACAGUUGUAUUGGCUUUUCCACAUACUCAUCUACAAGGUCUAUGA